UUUUAAAAAGAGUAAAAAAACCAGACCGUUGCUGUUCCGCUUCACUCACUUAAAAAGUUAAAAAAAAAUCUUUCAUUUCUUCUUCUUAUCCAGAGAUCCAAAGAGAGAAAGAGGGAAAGAUUGGAACUUUGAAUCCAAAAUCAGUUCAUCAAUCUCUCACAAUGCCUGUGGUGAGAACGAGAGCGAAAUGUUCGAUUCCCGUCACAAACCCUAAUCCAACAGUCGGAGGAGGAAACUCAAACGUCUCGAUCUACGAGAAAUGCAGAGAAGACAGGAUCAAGGAGAAUCUUCAGAGGAUGAAGAAUCUCGGAAUCAUGGAUCUCUCUCUCAAACUCAAAUCCGAGAUCCGACCCGCCAAAAGGCGUUACGGUAACUCUAAUGCCAAUCCGGGUCGAGAAACAUCUCCUAUUCAGCUUUCCGUCUCCUCUAGACGAUCCUCAAGGUAAUCUCUUCGUUUUCAGUCACUGACUUCUCUCGAUUUUGUUCACAUUGCUUCAAUCUUCCAAAAUUAGGGGUUUUAGAGAAAUCUAGGGUUUUUAGAGAAAUCAUUUCGCUGUUUUAUAAUCAGAUUGAAGCAGGAGCCGCCAGUUUCUCGGAGAUCCUCGAGGUAAUCUCUUCGUAUUCAAUCUCUGUGGUUCUCGUUUCGUUCUUUGGAUUCUGUUCAAAAUCAAGGGUUUAACAGGAAGCUAGGAUUUUUAAUAGAAAGUAAUGAUUUUUAUUGCCUUCUCUGUUGUGGUCUUUAGAUUGAAGAACGCUACACCAGUUUCCUACGCAGAGGAACCUGAACUGAAGAAGGGUAAAGUGUCUAAAGAAGAGAUUGUUUUGUGGGUAGGAGAAGGCGUAAGGCCAGAGAUUUACACUGAGGAGCAUGAGAAACUGUUAGGUAACACAGAACGAACUUGGGAGCUUUUUGUUGAUGGUUGUGACAAAAAUGGGAAACGGAUUUAUGACCCUGUUAGAGGAAAGUGUUGCCACCAGUGCAGGCAGAAGACGCUAGGUUAUCAUACCCAAUGCAGCCAGUGUAACCAUUCUGUUCGAGGUCAAUUCUGUGGAGAUUGUUUAUACAUGAGAUAUGGAGAACAUGUUCUUGAAGCUCUGGAAAAUCCGGACUGGAUUUGUCCAGUCUGUCGCGAUAUCUGCAACUGCAGUUUCUGUCGUACAAAAAAAGGGUGGCUCCCAACUGGUGCAGCUUACAGGAAGAUACAUAAACUCGGGUAUAAGUCUGUUGCACAUUAUCUGAUUCAAACCAACCAACAGUCAGAAACAAGUGAGGAUGAUGAAACUGAUGCUCCUGCAGAUAGUCAAGCUUCAGAAGGAGAUCAUCUCCUUCUCAUAACUGAUGGGAUUCAGGACAAUCAAAUUGACGAAAAUCUCGAUGAUGAUGAUGGCUCAAACAAGAAUCCGGAUUCAGCUAGAAAGUCAUUAUGCUUCUUGUCGUCUGGGAACAACCAAACUUCAGUGACUGAUGGUGAUCUCAAGCCAUUAGAUGUGAAAGAGGUGGAUCCAGCAACUCCUGUGAUCAUCGAUCUUGAGGCUCAGUGCAGUGAAACUGAGAGGAUGGCUAACUCUGCAAACAAAGAGAACCGAGAAACAAGAAGCAAGCGAAAGAUGUCUGCUGAACCAAACCCAAAUAGUAUUGGUGGAAGACUGAGACAGCGUCGUAAGAUUCAAGCUUGAGUGAGAGAAGAAGUUUCAGAAGAGAAACUAUGCUUUUGCUGCAUGUACGUACUCUAAGGCUAAACAAAUGGAAGAUCUUUUUUUUCUUUUCCAUUUUUCUAUCGGAGUAGGCAUGGAUCAUGUAAGAACUUGACGGCUUUUCAAAUUUUGUGUUUUGUUGCUGUUGGUGAUCUGAUGUAAUGGAUUCCAGUUGAACGGUUAAAGAAUUUGCCUAAACCAAAACCAAACCGAUCUGAAAAUCGAGUCAAUCUUUCUACACCUCAA